CCUAUGAAAAGCCUCAAAACCCAAAAAAUUAAAAAGGAAAAUAAUAAUUAAGAAAAAAAAAGGAGAGAGAGAGAAGAGGAAAUUCCCAAAUUUGUUUCUUCUCCAUUUUCAUUUUCUCUGCUCAUGCUUCUUCCUUCAUGUUUAACACAUACGAGCGAUUGUGAUUCGAAGUUCAAAGUUCAAACCCUAGCCCUAACCCUAUCUGCGCCCUUCUGCAAAUUAUCUGAGGCUAAAAAACGGAGGUCGUUUUGAUUGGUCGGUCUCUUUUACGAUCUCUCCUUGUUUAGUGUUCACUUCUUUGAGAAGGCGAAAUGACGAGCGCGUGGAACAAGCUGAAGAAAUCUCUAUCGCUGCGGAUUUCUUCACAGAGUUCGCUGUCAUUAGAUUCUCCUCCAUCGAGAAAUUUGGCGUCUGAUGUUUCCGAGACCGAUGUUCGAGUUUCCACGCCGAGGUCGUCUUUGUCUGGGAUUCGGUUGUCGAGGAGCGUUAGCAGCAGGUCGACUAAGAAAACAUGUGCUAUAUGCUUAGGGAGUAUGAGACCUGGGCAAGGUCAAGCCAUAUUCACAGCUGAGUGCUCCCAUGCCUUUCACUUUAACUGCAUUGCCUCAAGUGUGAAGCAUGGAAACCAUCUUUGUCCCAUCUGCCGCUCCAAAUGGAAGGACAUUCCUUUCCAAGCUCCUUCAGACAUUGUUGAUCCUCAAUUGAAUGGCAUUGGACGGGCCCGUAUCACACCAUUCAAUACUCCACUUGAUGAAUUCCACGCAGCUCUUCAUCGCCACUUGCCACAACAACCGUCACCCCGUGCUGAACCACAACACUUUGAUGAUGAUGAGCCCCUCAACACUUCUCAUGCUUCUUCCUCUCCCAACCCACUUCAUCAGAUCCAUCAAGUUGAAGCUCCAACCAACCAACUUGCAACUGUUAAAGUUUUCCCUGAGUUCCCUGCAGUGCCUGCAGCGGAAACUUGUUCUACAUUUGCUGUCCUUGUUAGUGUAAAAGCCCCAAGCCUCCAUGAAAAUGCCCGGCAUCGUGACCGUGCACCUAUUGACCUUGUCACUGUCCUUGAUGUUAGUGGGAGCAUGGGGGGCACAAAGCUUGCACUCCUCAAGCGUGCAGUCCGCUUCAUCAUACGAAAUUUAGGACCUGCAGAUCGCCUCUCUAUUGUUGCUUUCUCAUCAACAGCUCGAAGGAUCUUUCCACUCCGUCUCAUGUCUGAUGCAGGACGUGAUGAUGCUGUUUUUGCCAUCAAUUCCCUAGUGUCAAGUGGUGGGACUAACAUAGUUGAAGGACUCAAGAAAGGAGUUCGAGUCCUUGAGGAUCGACGGGAGCGGAAUCCAGUUGCUAGGAUCAUUCUCCUCUCAGAUGGAAAGGAUACCUACAACAAUGAUACUAGCUACCAUCCCAAUGGUCAACAGAAUCAGACUUCUCUGAACUCAUGGCAGGUAUUGGAUUACCUGAACCUCUUGCCACCUGCCAUCCGUCCCAGUGAUAGUGGGGCUGGGGAUGGGGCCCGCCAGAUGUGUAUCCCAGUCCACACAUUUGGGUUUGGCUCAGACCAUGAUGCCACUGCCAUGCAUGCUAUUUCAGAUGUGUCAGGCGGCACAUAUUCCUUCAUCCAGAGGGCAAGUAUCAUACAGGAUGCCUUUGCCCGAUGCAUUGGUGGCCUCCUGAGUGUUGUGGCUCAGGAGUUGCGGCUUACAGUGAGUUCAAUUUCUCCAGGUGUUUACAUUGGCUCAAUUCCCACUGGAAAAUACUUGAGCCAAAUCAUAAACCAGGGCCAGCAAGGUAUAAUUGAUGUUGGGGACCUAUAUGCAGAUGAAGAGAAAGAUUUCCUGGUCCACUUGUCGAUCCCUGUGUUCCCAACCGAAGAAAGUGAAGAAAUUGAGGCCACCACUCCAUUGUUGGCUGUGGAGUGCACUUACAAGGAUCCACUCUCACAAGAGAUGGUCCAUGGAGAAAGCAGGAGGGUGGAGAUUAGGCGCCCCAAGGUUCUCUCUUCUCUGGACAAUACAACGUGUCUGGAGGUAGACAGGCAGCGGAACCGUUUGUGGGUGGCAGAAGGUAUUGCAGAGGCUCAGGGGAUGGCUGAGAAGGGAAACCUGGAGGGUGCUCAAUCUGUUCUUGCAAACCGGAGGUCAGUACUCUUAGCAUCAGCAUCAGCACAAGCAGGAGAUGGUUUGUGCAACUGGCUAGAAGCUGAGCUGAAGGAGAUAAGAGAGAGGAUGGCAAGCCAAGAGCUGUAUGAAGAGACAGGGCGGGCUUAUGUUCUGUCAGGGUUGAGCUCACACUCAUGGCAGAGGGCCACAACAAGGGGGAACUCGACAACUCAUGGGCUUGUGUAUAACACGGAAGGCAAUAAUUCGCACGUAAGUGGGGGUUCUGUGGGGUAUGAGACCCCUUCAAUGGUGAGCAUGGUGACUAGAUCACAAACUCUUAGCUUACCAGUGGGCAAUCCUCCACCUAGACGGCUGAACAGGUCAUGUAGUUUGGUUCAUCGAGCAAAUUAGGGCUCACCGCCCCCACCUCCCAUUGGGACAAGGAAUUUUUUUGUGGUGUAAAUAGAUUCAAUACAGAAGUAACAAUUACAGAGAUGUACAGAUGCAAGUUUUGUCGAUGGCAAAGAGGAUCUUCAAGGCCCCAUUUAUUGGAAGAGAAACAUUACUAGGUUGCCUGGUUGAUCUGAACCAAAAAUGUGAAUUGAAAACUGUAAUUCUUAUCUUGGCUUCUAUUAACAGGAUUCAAAAGUGAGCUUGGGUUCGAGUUGGACGACGACAAAAGAUGGGAUAAAAAAAGAAAAAUCUCAUUUUGCAAAAUUCAGUGGACUUGAAAGAAAGACUACUUUUUUUCCUUUUUCUUUCAUAUAUGAAGCGGAUGUUAUUUGAGAUAAUAAUUCCAAUGAAAGGAACAUGGUUUCUCA